AUGAUUAACUGUCUUGGGCUGGUACCAUCAACUUACAAGCCAGAUUGCCGAGCCUUAUCGCUGACAGUCGCUGACUUGCAAUUCCAAAGGGGUUUGGUUUGCAUGGCCCCCCGCGAUAGACGGGAGCCCCGAGCUCGGAUGGGGGGUGACGCCCAUGUGCCUGUGACAGACCACAUUAUGUGGCUGUACAUACAUAGCCUUGUGACAUCCCCCUGCAGCGGCGCUCUCGCUGCGGAAGCCCACAGCACAGCCGGACAAACUGGCGAAUCUCCGUGGGUACACCGACAAUUAGGUCUCCCAAACCUAACCCCGCUGAGCACUUCUUCAGCUCGAUCUGAACCUGCAGGCCCUUUCCCCUUUUCCCUCAGCGCUUCCACCUCACGCACCCGGUUGCCAUCAUGUCAGUACAUUCCGGUAUCUAUCAUUCACACAGCCCAGUUGACUAACUCCUUCUCUCCCUGGCCGCUCAUCCCCUACCACCAUCAGGAGAGACAAGUGGAAAAAGAAACGUGUUCGUCGCUUGAAACGCAAAAGAAGAAAAAUGCGCGCUCGAUCUAUGCCCGAGCGCCUGCCAAGAACCGCAACAGCAUAACAGGACUCCCGCUUCGUCAUUCGACUUCCACACCUCUCACCGACUGUCGGAACAUCGACUGGAACGAUCCGGUCGCUACGAAGGAUUACCUCACUACCAACAACCGUCACAUGCUCCCCCCCUGUUGUUUAAUGAAUAGUCCUUAUGAGUCCUAAAGAAUCAUGCCUACAAUUUCAACUCAUCUCUCAAACUUUUCAUGCGCUGCGCAUGCCUUAGCAACGUGCCAGCUCUCACCGAGCCUUCCGCAUGACUUCAGGGGUCAUCGUUGACCGACUUGAUUGACUUGAUCCAUUGGGCUGCCUCUUUCCAGGUUUCAUUCCUCUGCUAGUCGGUUGGGUUGGCGCUCCAAGUAUCGUUCUUG